AUGCGCUUUACAACACUUUUGGUCAUCUUUGCCAUCACAUCCACUCGGGCCGUAGCAUCACCAUUGCCUGACGCUUCUUCCAUCACACCAUCUUCGGUUGUUCGCUUACCUCUUUUACGCCGACAACAUCCUCAUGGUUCAAGUCGUCGUAAACGUGAUGGUUCAUUUUCUGCACAACUCUACAAUGACCAAGGUUCAGAAUAUCUUAUCCAAGUAGCCAUUGGCACUCCCCCACAAAAUUUUACAGUGACAUUGGAUACUGGCAGCGGGGAUCUUUGGGUGCCAUCUAGUGCAUGUCCGACAAGCCAAUGUCCUUAUUCACGCUUUGACGAGUCCGCUUCCUCCACAUUCAAAAACACACAAAGCGCGUUCAACAUCGUCUAUGGUAUUGGCAGCGUGAAUGGGACCUAUGCAACCGAUACAGUGACAAUAGGCGGUGUCAGCGUCCAAAAUCAGCAAUUUGGUUUGGGAACCAGCACAAGCGAUAUCUUGACAAACCCAACUGUGGUGGGUGGCAGCGAUAGCAGCAGCCCUUCCAAUAAUGAUAACCAAGGCACUCCUAUUGCCAAUGGCAUCCUUGGACUUGGCUAUCCAACAUUGACAGCAUCAGCCAACAAAUUGGGCACUACCUACAACCCUUUCGUAUUCAACUUGGUGGAACAAAACUUGAUCCAACAGCAUUUGUUUUCAGUAUACAUGAACAGCGCUUCAGCGGAUGGAUGGGCUGGCGAGGUGAUCUUUGGUGGGAUUGACAGCAGCAAGUACACUGGCAAUAUUACCUACAUCCCUGUUGCACAGAUCAGCACAUCUUCUAUUCCCCUAAAGAAACGAGCUGGCAACAACAACAAUUACUAUUAUUGGAUGGUGCAUGGACAAGGGAUCCAAGUCUCUAGCAACGACAAUCAUUCAUCGGCACAAAUCAGCUUAUCAGGUGACUCGGCGGCCUUCGUUAUUGAUACAGGUACCACCUUGACGUAUUUCCCAAACGACAUGGCAGACAAUAUAGCAUCAGCUUUGGUGGGACGUGGCAAUUAUGCACUCGAUUCUUCUUCGCAAACCUAUAUUGUGGAAUGCAAAAAGGCAGCACAACAAGGCACUACGCUCGAGAUCCAAAUGUCAGAUUCUAGCAGUGCUUCCAAUAACCCACUUACCAUCACCGUCCCCGUGUCACAGCUGGUGAUCCCACUCGAUACCAAUUCAAUUGAUACAGCCAUGAGUUGUAUGUUGGGAGGCACAGUGAAUGGUGUAGGAACAACGUCAGCGGCGGCUCCAUCAUCAUCAUCAUCGCCAUUACUAUCAUCAACAACUGUACUCAUCGCCACCACUCUCAUUGGAUACACGAUUGCAUGGUUAUAA